AACGUUCUUCUUCUCCCUGGCCGGCCCGAGCGGGGGAACAGCGCUCCCAGGAUGCAGUUUGUGUCAACACGGCCGCAGCCUCAGCAGCUGGGCAUCCAGGGCCUGGGGCUGGACAGCGGGAGCUGGAGCUGGGCGCAGGCCCUGCCCCCGGAGGAGGUCUGCCACCAGGAGCCGGCGCUGCGCGGGGAAAUGGCCGAGGGAAUGCCGCCCAUGCAGGCUCAGGAAUGGGACAUGGACGCCCGGCGACCGAUGCCUUUCCAGUUCCCACCCUUCCCAGAUCGGGCCCCUGUCUUCCCCGACCGCAUGAUGCGAGAGCCCCAGCUACCCACGGCAGAGAUCUCACUCUGGACCGUGGUGGCCGCCAUCCAGGCCGUGGAGAGGAAGGUGGAUGCCCAGGCCAGCCAGCUGCUCAACCUGGAGGGCCGGACGGGGACGGCCGAGAAGAAGCUGGCCGACUGCGAGAAGACGGCCGUGGAGUUCGGGAACCACAUGGAGGGCAAGUGGGCCGUGCUGGGGACCCUGCUGCAGGAGUACGGGCUGCUGCAGAGGCGGCUGGAGAACAUGGAGAACCUGCUGAGGAACAGGAACUUCUGGGUCCUGCGGCUGCCCCCGGGCAGCAAGGGCGAGGUCCCCAAGGUUCCAGUGACCUUUGUGGACAUCGCUGUUUACUUCUCUGAGGACGAGUGGAAGAACCUGGAUGAGUGGCAGAAGGAGCUUUACAACAACCUGGUUAAGGAGAACUACAAAACCCUGAUGUCCCUGGACUCGGAGGGACCCGUGUCUAAGCCGGAAGCCCCAUCUCAGGCUGAGCCCCGGGAAGAGCCCUGCGUGUGGGAGCAGCGUGACCCAGAAGAGAGAGAGAUCCUCAUGGAUCCAGACACAGGAGCAGAGCCCCUGGGGCCGGCACCGGACACGUCCUCUCAGGUGAAGCGGGAGGAGGCCCUGUGCGCCCGGGCUCAGCGGGGCCUGGAGGAGAGAGCCAUCCCCACGGAGUCCAUAACCGACUCACCGGCCUCCGCCCAGGAUCUCCUGUCCCGGAUCAAACAGGAGGAGCCCCCGUGCGUGUGGGACCAGCAGGACUUGGCGGAGAGGGACAUCCCAACAGACCCCAACUCAGAGUCUCUGAUCUCCGCCCACGAUAUCUUGUCAUGGAUAAAGCAGGAGGAACAGCCGUACCCAUGGGGCCCACGCGACUCCAUGGACGGGGAGCUCGGGUUAGACUCUGGCCCCGGUGACAGCCUGCUGAUGGUGAAGAACCCGGCCCCGCCCCCGCCGCCGCCGCCGCCGCAGCCCGCCCCGCCGAGCCUGCCCCGGCUGCCGGCGCCCCCGGAGGACGCGGGCGGCCCCCCGAGCCGCGGCGGGGGCGCGCUGCUGGACGACGGCUUCCCUGCGCUGCCCGGGGAGCGCGGUGCGGGCGGCGAGGGCGGCGGGGGCGCGGGCGGCGGCGGCGGCGGCGGCGGCGGGGGCGUGGGGGCGGCGGGCGGGGGUCCGGGCGGGGGCUGCGGCAGCUGCUGCUCCCCGGGCGGCCUCCGGCGUAGCCUCCUCCUGCACGGCGGCGGCGGCGGCGGCGGCGGCGGCGGCGGGGCGCGCAGCAAGCCCUACUCGUGCCCCGAGUGCGGCAAGAGCUUCGGCGUGCGCAAGAGCCUGAUCAUCCACCACCGCAGCCACACCAAGGAGCGGCCGUACGAGUGCGCCGAGUGCGAGAAGAGCUUCAACUGCCACUCGGGCCUCAUCCGCCACCAGAUGACCCACCGCGGCGAGCGGCCCUACAAGUGCUCCGAGUGCGAGAAGACCUACAGCCGCAAGGAGCACCUGCAGAACCACCAGCGGCUGCACACGGGCGAGCGGCCCUUCCAGUGCGCGCUGUGUGGCAAGAGCUUCAUCCGCAAGCAGAACCUGCUCAAGCACCAGCGCAUCCACACGGGCGAGCGGCCCUACACGUGCGGCGAGUGCGGCAAAAGCUUCCGAUACAAAGAGUCGCUCAAGGACCACCUGCGUGUGCACAGCGCCGGCGGCGGCGGCCCUGGCGGCGGCUCGGGCCUGGGCGCCCCGCGGCCCCUGCAGCCGCCGCCCGAGCGAGACUAG